UCUUCCUCUGCUGGGCUCUGGGCUGGUUUCUAUUCAAAUGUGGGUCAGGGGUGAGGAAGCCUAACGUCAUAAGCUUUGCAACAUGGCGUCCCGAAGGCUGUGAGAUGAGCCAGAGGAUGGUAGAGAAGGCUUGAGAACGACCCUACCCAUGUAAAAAGCUUUAGGUGGUGCUCGUGUAGGAAGAGAGAGAGAGAAGGAAGGAGGAAAUGGAACUGCCAAAUCAUGCCAAACAACUGCUGCUGCAACUCAACCAGCAGAGAGCCAAGGGCUUCCUGUGUGAUGUUAUCAUCGUGGUGGAGAAUGCCCUGUUCCGGGCUCACAAGAACAUCCUGGCUGCAAGCAGCAUUUAUUUCAAGUCUCUGGUCCUCCACGAUAAUCUCAUUAACCUUGACACAGAGAUGGUCAACCCCUCUGUGUUUAGACAAGUUCUGGACUUUAUCUAUACCGGGAAGCUCCUGUCCUCGUCGGACCAGAGCAACGAGCAGAACUUCAGUGCCCUGUUGACCGCCGCCAGCUACCUCCAGCUCCACGACCUUGCCGCUCUUUGCAGAAAGAAGCUCAAGCGCAGUGGCGGGAAGCCCUUGCCAGGAAAACCCUCCACUCCAGGUCCUCUUAGCCGCUUACGCCUCAACAACCAGCGCCUUUCCUCUUCUACUCCUGCUGGUCCCAACAACCACUAUCCUCCAACCCCUUCUGAUGCUGAUCAACCACAGCCAGACGAAGGCCUUCGGGACAAGCUCUCGGAUGACGAGAUGUUUGUCGGCAGCUCCGGAAAGACGGGGAAUGGAGGAAAUGGAAGCAGUAAUGGUAACCUCAGCAGUGGAGGAAGUGCUGGAGAACCAGAUCUUGGGCUAGAUUUGUCCAAAAAGAGUCCUCACUCUGCGGGCAUGGGCACCGAUGCCCUUAGCCCGCACAGCAACUCCCAAGAGUCCCCGCAAUCUGCCUCAGUAUCCACAACCAACAGUGCCUCACUGGAUGACUCCUCAACCACUCUCCCAGGUGUAGACACUUGCAUCUCAGAGACCAUGGAGAUCAACACCUCCAAAACCUCAGAGGAAGCCCAAAACCAAUCUGAUGGUCCUCCACCGCAGAAAAAAACCAGACAAGCCGCUCGCAAGAACGAGUGGCCAAAGAGAGAAGCAUCAGGGUUGAAGUCAGAGGAUCACGACAGGCCCCUGGUUAACGGUGUGAUUGUGGGCCCUAAAGAUGGCCGCUCCUCUGGGACUGGUGGAGGAGGUAGCAGUGGCUUUGCCUCUGACCAGUGCAAAGAUGAGGAAGAUGGAGGAGAGAAUGGCCAUGACCACAGUGAAGAGAGUGGUCAAAGUGAUGGAGAAAGUGCCGGAGGUGGGGGAGGAUCAGGAGGAGGGCACCACAGCGCCAACUAUGUGUACCGACAGGAAGGUUUCGAGCCAGCGUUCGGGGACAACCUCUAUGUGUGCAUUCCCUGUGGUAAGGGCUUCCCAAGUUCUGAGCAGCUCAACGCUCAUGUGGAGACGCACACCGAGGAUGAGCUUUACAUCAAAGAGGAAGGUGGGGCCUUUAUAAAAGAGGAGGAUGAGGAGGAGGCAGAAGACCUUUCUGCCACCGUAGGGCCCUCCAGUUUUGGCUCAGAAACACGUCCGUUCAAGUGUACUGUCUGCAGUAAGAGCUACAAAGACCCCGCAACGCUGCGACAGCACGAAAAGAGCCACUGGCUGACCAGACCCUUCCCCUGCAACAUCUGCGGCAAAAUGUUCACCCAGAGAGGAACCAUGACACGCCACAUGCGUAGCCACCUAGGUCUGAAGCCUUUCGCGUGUGAAGAGUGCGGCAUGCGCUUCACACGCCAGUACCGCCUGACGGAGCACAUGCGAGUCCACUCUGGAGAGAAGCCGUACGAAUGCCAGCUAUGCGGAGGGAAGUUUACCCAGCAGCGCAAUCUCAUCAGUCACCUGAGAAUGCACACCUCGCCCACUUAGAGAUGCAUCAAGCCAAAGAACUAUGGGAAAACGAAAACAAAGGAACAUCUCACAACCUUUUUUCCUUCUCAGAAGCAAAGAAAUGCACACACACACAUUCACGCGAAAACACGCAUAGUUCUUAUCGAUUCCAGUUUACGACGCCCUGGAUGAGUGAAUGAUGUAACCGCUUUCCACAGUGGUCUCUUGUUGAUGGUGGGAUCUUGUUGAUGCGAGGAUCGGGUCAUCGUUUAUAUCGAGUGACAUGUGCUCACCUCUCAGGAGUUUUCGAGGGACAUCUCGUCUCUCUCCAAAGUCACGAAGCCAUGGUGGAGUGGCGCGACAUCUAGUUUGUUAAAUGUGAAUGUGGGUACGGAUGUAAUGUCAAAUCCGCUCACCUCGUACCCCUCAGCCGCCUUCCUCUUCACUCUGAAGCAUUCAGAUUGUACCUGAAACUGGUUAAUCCAACAGUCCCGGCUGGACUCCAGAGCUACUUUGACCAAAAAUCAGCGCAAACAAUACUGGCAAUAAUUCUGCAAAGAGUAUUUUUAACCCUGACAGCUUUAUAUCCUAUGAUGAUGCUAUAUGUAUGAAAGAGGAGGGGUAACUGGGUUUGGGACCAUCUCCAUGCUUUACCUGAAAGUCCAGGAAGAUAGGUUUAUGUCGGGGAGGACAUGUUUGUUUGAACAGACAAAAAUCCAGCGUCCUCUCUGCGGCUGUUUGCAUUGGUGUACAGAAGAGUUGCAUUGCUUUCUAGACUUGCCUGCUAGAGCUCCAGGGAGCCAAUCCUUGCUGGGAAGAUGAACCCUUGAGGUACUUCUUUAACUUAAAGAGCUUGUCAUGUUUCAGUGAAUGUCUAAACUGGAAGGUCUUGGGAUUUUUUCUCGUUUUGGGGGAGGGAUCCGGGGUGGGGUGGGGGUCUAAUGGGGCUAAGGAAGAGGGCGUUUUCAAAUGAUUACGUUAAGUGGGUACGUUUAUUUUUCUGCCUGUAUAGCUUUCCUCCCCUCACAAAAAAAGAAAAGUCUAUUUCUGUAGGCUUGUGACCUCGCUACCUCUGAUUACUCUGAACUCUGUUGAUUGGUUGAAAGUUCCUAUGUAAUUAAUUGUAAAAAGUGUGUAGAUGACAUUAACUUUUCACCUAAUGCUUUAACCUGCCCAUCUCUCAACACAGGUUUUUAAUGCCCAUAGAUUUUACACAUUAUUAUAUAAUAAUUAUUGUUUUUAGUUGUUUGUACUUGUCAGAUAUAGCUUUUUCUGGGGUCCUGGUCAUUGCGACCCCGAUACAAAGUGUACUGUAGCGUCCUGCCCGGAGCAAAUAGCGGUUAGUUGGUUAGUCUAGAUGUAUAGUGUUCCAAAGAUCUUAAUGAAUGUCGAGGAGAACGGAGCUAACUAACAAAACAUUGCUAGACAAGUUCAUAACCAAAGUUUAAAGAAGAUGUACCUAUGAUAUAUAGCAUACUAAAUUAUUUCCUUUUUAUUUCUUUUUUGCUGUAUAAAACAGAUUACGAAUUAUAUUCUAAAGUCCAGACAAAGAAAUCCAUUCUUGUUUUGAGGAGUUUUGGCCGAUGACUCUUGAGACUUGCGAUGGUUCUUGUGGUUUUGCAAGGAAAGCUUGUGCUGAUUGGUGGGCCGGUGUGACUUAAACUCUAGCGCCGGACGAAAGCGGCGAAGUUUAAUUCUUCAUGUUUGUGUCCAGAGCCCUUAUCACUUUAUACUCCCUGAUUUUAUUUUAAAAAAAAAAACAAAAGAGGAACAGAACUCGAUGGAUGACGCUUUACGCGUUCUGUUCAGACCAAAAAAAUAAUACAAAAAACAACAAAAGAUAGGAAUGAUUAUGAGAAUUUAAUGUGAAGUUUAAGUAACUUUUUUUUUUUUUUUUUGUUUCUUUGAGCCAGGCUUGUGAAAACUCGUAAUAAGAAGGGAGAAGCAGAGAUGCACUGGACAGCUCUCCUUAUUGUCUGAUUCUGUUCCAUUAUUUAAAACUAUUUUAAACCUUAUUAAAACGUACCUCAUCAUAGGCAACCCUAACCCGCCGACACCUGUCCAGUGUAUCUACUCUUAAAAAGUCACUGUGGAUCCUAAACCUUCGCUACAAGUUUUUGGUGUAGGCAUUCCUCUGUUAUGUCUCAACUGUCCCUCUUGAUUGAAUUUUUUGUUUCAUACCUCCUUCGUCUUCUUGUUUAGGCCUGUGAAAUGUCGAUCUCUUAGGGAUGCCGCUAAAGCUUCACAAGUCGUUUCGAGGUACCUGCAUCCUGGACUCCCGGAGUUUUCCUGUUCAGCCGUUCCCGUUUUAAAUAUUGCAUGGUACACACUCCCCGACCCCUCCACCCUUGUUAUUUAUCGCCUGAUACUUCUGUUACUUGUGACCUCUUCGAGCUUCAGAGGGAGUCCACAAUGCAUUGCCUUCAAACGUUGGUGUACUUGUCAGCACCUGGUGCACUACGGCCGAACGUCUGUAACACAAAAGGUGUUCGUACCACAUCGUCUUUAGCCAUCUCUGCAAAAGACUUUUGCAGCUGCAUUUGAAUGCUUGCUUGUUUGACGAAACGAAGAAAAAAUAACUCCAAACUGUGACCGUACUACUACUACUAUUACUACUACUAUUCAAGUACUUCAGGGAUUGUUCUGUGUCUGUGAAUGCAGACUCUCAGCUACAUUUGUAAGAUAAAGCAUCGUAUCAGUUUCUCUGUAUUUUAACCUGGGGGGGAGGGGCACUAGUUUCAUAUUUAAGAUAAACAGGGGAGGUGUGGGGGAGGGGCGUUCUUUUUCAGCUAACACACAGAGCCUUGACAAAGGCGAGGCAGCUCGAAACAUCUCUACGUUUUAGUCGGUUUCAUCGUUUGUUCGGAAAUAGUUGCGAACUUGUACAAAGAACCUAGAAGAGAGAAAAGCUCAUACCCAAAUCCACAAACUAUUUUUUAAACCAAAGCACAUUUGAAUGAUUAUAAAACAGUGUGUGGCUCUAAAAGAAAACAUAUGUAUUUAUCUCAUUGUUUACAUGAACUUUUACAGUUUUACAGACCUCAGUCGAGACUCGGCCAGUCGCGAGGUAGUCUCGGCAUUUUUAUUUUAUUUUAUUUUUUUAAUCAAUUUUUUCCUCAAGAUGCUUUUCCACAGAUGUUGCUGCCAAAAUAAAAGUAUAGCGUUAAACUUGGUGUAAACUACUACAUAUUCAAUGAGGGGGAGGAUAUGUUGUUUAGGGGCACUCCCCCCUCCUCCCCUCCCUGCCAGCUGGCUUUGGGGUGACCCUGCACCCCAGCCCUCCUGCCCUCUGGCCUGUCUUCAGUGGGUGACAGAACGAGGAGGGGGGGGGGGGGGGGGGGGUGCAUCCUUGAUGUAUUAAUCAAAAGGCAUUGUUCGAUGGGGUCUUUAGCUCCGUGCUGUGUCUGUUUACCCAAACACGCUUGAGAAAGUACCUCGACUGUGUGACGCUUUUAGCCCUCUGACACCUCUCAUGCUGGUGGUUGUUUAAACCUAUCUGGAGAAUGUAGCAUUGAUCAGUUCUGAACAUGUAAACAGGCUUAUCUGCUCGUCUUAACUGUGAAUGUUGUCCUUUUUCCUGCUCUUUGUGAUGUUUUGAACCUUUUUUUUUUUGCCUGUGGGUUAAAAGCAGCACAAACCUCCCGACUGGCUGAGCCUCAAACAACGUUGGCGCAAACACUUAUUGACAGUGUUCUUUUUUUUUUAUUAUCAAAUGUCUAUUGUCGCUGAUGAAUGUAUUUAUUUCUGGGCCUGCCGUCACCUCUUCAAAGAAUUUACUCAGCGCGUGAGACCGAGGUGGCGGCAGGACCCUCUUUUUUGUUGUUGUUUUGACGAUUUCAAGCUGAAUCUAAAUCGAGACACAAACAUAGCCAUUAACCACAGUCUGUGAAAAUGACCGUUUUUGUGGGAGAACUGAUGUUUUUUUGUUUUUCAACUUGAAGAGAAUGGUCUAUGGCAUUUACUAUCUGCUCAGUUCUACCUUUUAUUUCAUGUGUUCUACUAUGAAAUGGGUCCUUUUGGCCCAUGCAGGCUUGAGCUCUCACUGACUGCACACAGAGGGGAGUUGACCUUUAACCCUUGGUGUGUGUGUGCGUGUGUGUGUGUGUGUGUGUGUCUGUGGACACAGGCUGGACAUUGUCACUACCUGUGCAGAGUGGAGGCUACUGUAUUUUGUGUCAUGCUCGCUCUCCCUGGGUGUUGCCACGCUGCCGCUGACAUUAAAGAAAAACAACAAACUAGAUUUUCCGCUGCAGGAGCUCGCACGUAGCUCACACCUCCGAGCAUUAAUGUUCUGUUUAGGCUCAAACCACCUUUUUAGUGUCUGUUAGUUUCACACAGGCGGAUUUUAGACACGUUGGAUGAUUAUAGCUUUACUAAGUGCACUUUGUAUGUUUUUAAAGCCUCUGGGAGGACCCGGGUGCUCUCGUGUCGGCUCUGAUCUAACCUACGGUUCACCCUCUUUCUGUUUUACCUCGUGUUUGUUGUUUGCUGAAAACAAAAGCGAUAUAGUUUGUGCUGCGUUAGGAAAGCUUUAAGAUGAAGCAGGAAACUCUUCUGAGAGACUGUUCUCAGCUCUCUGCAUUCUUAUUUCACUGUUUUGUUUUUUCUUCCAUAUUUUUUUAAGAGAGGCUGUUCUGUCUAAUAUUAAAGAGUUGCUUCUUGUCAGAACUAAACCAAAGCCUUCUUUUAAAAAUGGCCUCCAGUCCCACGCAGCCCAGUUUAAGCUUUAUUGUCCGUUGCGUUAUCUCGACUACGCCCGAGCCCCGCGUUAGCUCUUUGGUCUUGUGUGAUCUCUGUGUUGGAGCUCUGGGGCUCGUCUGCGCUGCUGUGUUUCACUAUUUUCUGCACCUCCAGUGACGUACAGCAGUGACUAAACGUAGAAAACACUAAAUUACCUCAAAACUAUCAGUGUUUACAGAAACAUGCUGUCUUGCCAUUGGUCUAUUUUUGCCGUCCAUCUGUAACCAAAAUGUUCUCAUUUAAAAGAGUUUAUGGCAGCAUAUUUUCAUACAUACCUUUUAAUUUACAUAUUUUUUUAUGGAUUCUUAAACGCACGGUGUCACCUUGGUGCACUUCGUUAAUGGACAGAUGUAAUUCGCUGCUAAUAAAAGAUGAUACUUGAAGUGUUUUUCAGUGGAGCUGCUUGUGAUGUUUGUAUACACGGCUUCCUCUCUGGUUUUCUUCAGGAACAGCCUCUCAAUAAUGUAUCAGGAUCUAUGGAGGCUGAGAGGCUCUGAAAUGGACAUGUAGGGUCUUUGCUGGUGAAUAAUUAAAGGGCAACAAGCCCCUCCCCUUUUGGCAAACAACACAUUGCAUGCAAAGGUGUACACACCCAGGUGCACUUUUGUUGGCAUGCAUGCCCUUAAACCUCCACUAGUGCAAACACAGAUGCCACCGUCUAGACUGCACACACACACACACACACACACACCCCAGUGUUUAAGGUGAGUUUCUCUGACCCUUGUGGCUUUUGGCAGCACCCAGGCUGGGCUCUCUUCAUCUCCACUCCUCAAAGAGCUCGUAUUCAGGUCAGAGCUACCGCCGUGCAGAGCGACGGGGCUCGCAAACUCAAAAAGUGUCAUAAAAAGUGUAAUACGGCUGACCUCGGCACUCACAACCUUACAGUCUUAAUGUACAGCGGUGAGGAAAAAGAAACUGUUAUUUUAUGAUCUUUUCAUUAAAAGCUUGAUUGAAAACUCAA